AUAUUAUGUGAUGAUCUUGUCUUUCUAGAUAAAAUUUGAUGCUGGGACCCUCCUUCUUAGUACACAUCGAUUAAUUUGGAGAGAUCAGAGAAAUCAUGAAUGCUGCAUGGCUAUUCCUCUUUCUCAAAUUGUGUUCAUUGAAGAACAGGCGGCUGGAAUUGGGAAAAGUGCUAAAAUAGUGGUUCAUCUUCACCCAGCUCCUCCUAACAAAGAGCUUGGUCCAUUACAGAGUAGUAAGAACUCUUACAUCAAACUCUCCUUCAAAGAACAUGGCCAGAUUGAGUUUUAUAGGCGUUUAUCAGAGGAAAUGACACAGAGAAGAUGGGAGAAUAUGCCAGUUUCCCAGUCAUUCCAAACAAAUAGAGGACCACAGCCAGGAAGAAUAAGGGCUGUAGGAAUUGUAGGUAUUGAAAGGAAACUGGAAGAAAAAAGAAAAGAAACUGACAAAAACAUUUCUGAGGCCUUUGAAGACCUCAGCAAGCUAAUGGUCAAGGCUAAAGAAAUGGUGGAGUUAUCAAAAUCAAUUGCUAAUAAGAUUAAAGACAAGCAAGGUGACAUCACAGAAGAUGAGACCAUCCGGUUUAAAUCCUAUUUGCUGAGCAUGGGAAUAGCUAACCCAGUUACCAGGGAAACCUACGGCUCAGGCACACAGUACCAUAUGCAGCUGGCUAAACAGCUGGCUGGAAUAUUGCAGGCACCUUUAGAGGAACGAGGGGGUAUAAUGUCACUCACGGAGGUGUACUGUUUAGUAAACCGAGCUCGAGGAAUGGAAUUGCUCUCACCAGAAGAUUUAGUGAAUGCAUGCAAGAUGCUGGAAGCUCUGAAAUUACCUCUCAGGCUCCGAGUUUUUGACAGUGGCGUCAUGGUAAUUGAGCUUCUGUCCCACAAGGAAGAGGAAAUGGUGGCCUCAGCCUUGGAGACAGUUUCAGAAAAGGGAUCCCUAACAUCAGAAGAGUUUGCCAAGCUUGUGGGAAUGUCUGUCCUACUGGCUAAAGAAAGGUUGCUUCUUGCAGAGAAGAUGGGCCAUCUUUGCCGAGACGACUCAGUGGAAGGCUUGCGGUUUUACCCAAAUUUAUUUAUGACACAGAGCUAAGGGUUUUUUGUAUUUGAAAUACUUCUUAUCCAUGUACUUGCAUCAUGUAGAGGUUGUAUGAUACUGAGCUAAGGGUAAACUCUGGUAAACUGAGGAUUCACUGGAACUGUAAAACCCUUUUAAUUUCUUCCUAAUAUUAUGGGGUAGGAAGUUGAUUUAGGACCAAUAUAGGAAAAUACAGAAAAAUGAAUGCCAAUGUGAAUUUAAAAUCAUGCUACAGUUAUAUAGAACCCUCAUAGUUUAACUUGAAAUAUAGUGGAUUUUAACUUGGUCAUCAAAUCGAACCAUUUUUAAGAAAGGAAUUUAGUUCAUGGGAGAAGAAAAAGAGAAGCUGCAUGUUGAGACAGGUUAGUUUGUUAUUUUGGUGUGACUAAAAGUCACUGAAUUAUAAAUAAGUGAAGUUUUUGUCCAGUCUGGGGGGUUUUUAUGAAGCAAGUCCUACAUUCAGUGUAGUUUAAGAACCUGACAACAUUGGAACAAAAUAUCAAACUGCGGCGUGCCAUAGGAGGCUCCUUCUAAGGGCUUUUAUUAGAAACAGUCAUAACAUGUCUUGUACAGACAAAGCACCUUAAAAAAGGAGAGAAUUGUAUCUGACUCACAUAUAUAUUACCUGACUAGCUUUUUUUUUAAGUGAUGAUUUCAUGCCUGACAUUUAAAGUAUGCAACUAUGUCAUUUUGUUUAAAAAAUGCUGUGGAUCUUGAAACUGAAUUAAAGAGCUGUACAGACAUGCCCAGAGAUAUGAUUAUAAAUCUGGGAAGUAACAUAAAAGUGGAAAAAUAAUAUGUCUCCUUUUCUUUCCCUUAAGGAGUUUCACACUGAACUUUAAAAAUCUUCCUAUCAUAUUCUAGCAAUAUUUUUUCUUUACCCCACACAUAGUUGUGUGGAGAAACUUUCCUGCUAAAAAGUACUGGAUAAUGCUGAAUUUAGAUCGCUUGAGUGUUAAAGUGGACUCCCUGACUUUAUAUGUUCCUGCUGUAUAGCAUACAAUAUGCUGGGAUUACCUCAAACUCAGGGACCCACAGGCACAAAGGAGACCCUCUAUCUGAGACUAAGUCAGAAGUGGAAGGCAGUGAUGAUUUCUGGCCAAGCCUCCAGAGGGGAUAGUAUCUGUGCUGAGGGAACCAUUGAGACCAGGAGGAGGCAAUACCCAGGUUCACACUCUCAGAUGUUCUCAGUGAGGUGAGUGCCACUGCCAGAGGCUGCUACAUGUGCAGGGAUCCUCAGCUGCAGACCCAGGGAAUCCCUCCAAGUGCAGCCAGAGUCAGUCCCUGAUUCCUCCCAGAAAAGUGGCUGUUGCUGCUUCACAUCCUCCAGUGUCUUGGGAAUGUUGUGCCUGAGGCAUCCUUCCUUACUCUUCAUUUUCUAAAUCUGUCACUGAUUCUAAAUUGUGAUGACAGAUCCCCUAAUUCCUUCAUUGCUCAGCCUCAGGUUUGUUUUGGGGGAAAUUCAAUGUCCGGCUGCCCAAGUCUUUCAGGCCAUUGUGUAAGCUUGUUUGGACAUAACUCCUCUUUGGGCUGCACAGCUAAGAUUGAGCUACUGGGAUCUUGCUCUAAAGCUGUGGAUUCAUUACAGCAAACUCACAUAAUUCAGCAUAUUUAUUUACAUUAGUGUGACAACACAUUAACAAAAAUGGAGCAAUCUGAAUUGUAUACAGUGAACUAAAGAAGCAGUAAAGUGACAUGAAUAUACUAUUAUUUUGCAAAAAAACAAAUGUGAUUGCUUUCACUGUUUUCAUUAUUUUUUUUUGUUCAUCUUUAUAUGAGGAUAUUUUUUCCAUUGAUUUUUUUUUUUUUUAGAGAGAGUGGAAGGGAGAGAGGUUUGGGGGGUUGGGGGGAGAGACAGAGACAUUGAUUGGUUUUCUCUCAAAUAUGCCCUGAGCAGUCCGGGGAUUGAACCUAUGACCCUUUGGUGUGUGGGCCGAUGCUCUUAAUCACUGAGCCAAACCAGCCAGGGCAGCAUUGUUUUAUUCUUAACAUGGGCAUUCUUCACAUUUUCCAGACCUCAGUAGAUAUAUUUUUCUUUUUUCAAAUAAGGUGUUAUUUUGGUCCUCUAUUAGUAGAGGUUAUGUUUAAAUACAACCAAUCAGGUCCUAAGUGCAAAAAAGUUCUGUCUUGGUGCUUAUCACUGGUAUAAUUAUUGUUCUUUCCUAACUUUACUCUUAGGAGCAUUAAUCUAUUGGUAGCUUUAUGGUAAUGGAAUAUUUCUAGUCACAUACUGUCCAAAAUUUUUUUACAUUUUACGAGUGAAGAUUGUUUUUUGGGUUAAAUGAUCGGUAUUAAUGUAUAUAGAAUAAAGUUAUUGCAAAAUUUAAAAAAUGAUUUUUCUUAACUUAGUAUCUUUUAAAUACUCUUUGGAAAAUAUCUGAAAAUCAUAAACCUUUAAUCAGAAUAAGCCGGUAUGUUACAAUUUGUUCUUUUAGAUUUGUAAUCAAGAGUUGAUUAUCAAUAUUUUUUACCUCAAGCUCUUACUAUUUUAGUUCUUUUAAAAGAAUGGCAAAUGGCUCAUGAACUUUUUAAAAAAAAUUCUUGAUGUGAAUUCCACUGUUGAUUGACCAGGUGUAUUCAUGUGAAUGCACUAUAUCUUGUUCCCUGUCACCAGACUAAUAUGGCCAGAUGUGGAUUCAUCAUGUCAUUAUUCUCAUGCUCAUCAUCUACUUAAAAUGAUUCUCCUUUGCCCAAUAAUCUCAGAGUUUUCAUCUUGGAGUAGUAGAGUCAUAUCUUAUAGGGUGGUUAGAUUUUAAAGACUGUACCUAAGUAUGAAAUCGAACAUGCUCAAAAUGAUCCUUGAAAAUCUCUUAAAUGCCAAUAAAGUUCUACGUAUAGUCUUA